AUGGAUCUGACCAACUGUCGCUCCAUGGAGAUCCUGCGCGUUCUGGGCUUGGCCGACGACUACCGCGCCCAGAAAGGCAGCGUGCCCAUCUCCACCGACUUCAAUACGCAGUUCGUGACCCGCAUCAUUGGACCAGAGAGCAAACUCCUAGGCACUUGGCCGGUUCCCUCCGUCACCACGCAGCGGGAGUCCAUCCGCCAGACCAACGACGGCACUCAGCCCGCAGAACCCAGCCAGCGCUGCUCGCAAGUCAUCUUCGAGGCGUGGAUCCGAAAGCUCCUCCUCGCGCAAGCGGAGACCGGCAGUGCAGCGAUGCAUCUCCGCCUGGGCUGGAAGUACCUGCACCACGUCGAAGACGCGACGGCUGGGGUGGUGUGGGCGACCUUCCUCGAAGUCGCGACGGGCGUCGAGCACCGCGUGCGCAGUCGCUACCUCGUCGGCACGGACGGAGGAGGCAGUCGCGUGCGUACCGCUGCGGGCAUACGCAUGCUCGGAGGACCGAUGCCUAUGCGCUUCUACCUCGUGCACUUCCGCUCCCAGGAACUGGCGCGCUCGUUCCCCUUCGGCCGCUGUUGGCAUAUCUUCCCCACCAACGGGGGGUUUAUCCUCGACCAGGACGAUAAGGAUACCUUCACCGCGCAUUUCCCUGUCCAUUUGCUCCCGGAGGGGCAGGACAUUGAUCCGAAGGAAGUGGUGUACCGGACGCUCGGGGGUCCGCUACCCAGUCAGAAAGCGGUGAUCCAAAUCGAUGAGAUCCUGGUGCACAGUGCCUGGACCCCGAAUUUCAGUAUCGCCGAGACGUAUCUGAGUGAUAGGGGCCGGGUCGUGCUUGCGGGUGAUGCGGCUCACCGAACCCCCCCGCACGGCGGCUACGGUCUAAACAGCGGCCUGGCCGACGCCUUCGACCUGGCCUGGCGCCUCGCCGCCCUCACCCAGCCGUCCCCUACCCCCUACGGCGGGCCCCUGCUCCUGCAAUCGUACACCCUCGACCGGCGUCCGGCCAUGAUCCGCGCCCUGGCGCGCUCGCACCGCCACCUCCUCGAGCACCUUAAGCUGGCCGCGAUGUUCCCGGACCCCGUGGGCGUUCUGGAGCGGGAUGACGAUGCGGCGGCCGACGCGCUGAGGCGGAAGAUCCACGCGUUUGUGGAGAUGUCUGGCCCCGAGACGUUGGAUCGCGGGGUGGAGUUGGAUGUGCGGUACGGGUCUUUUGGGGUUUGGGGGGAGGAUGAUGAUCCGGAUGCGGAAAAGGAGAUGGGGCGGGCGUGGGAGGCGGAGAGGUAUGUUCCCUCGACGAGGCCGGGGCGGAGGGUGCCUCAUGUUUUCUUGCGGGGUCCGCAAAGCGAUGGGGGAGAAGGGGGCGGGGAGGGACUGCUGGGGAGGGAGAGGAGUAUCUAUGAUGAGUUUGGGCCUGCGUGGAGUCUGGUUCACUUCGUGGAGGGGGAGGGCCCGCAACGGCACGUUGGUGAGGGUGGUGCUGAGGAUGAUGAUGGCUGUGCUACUACGGCGGAUACCUUUGUCUCCGUUGCUGCCACCUUGGGGAUGCCGCUCAAGCUGGUGACACUGAGUAACGAGACUCAUGCGCACCGCGUCUGGGGAGCGAGUUUGGUCCUGGUACGGCCGGAUACCCAUGCUGCGUGGCGUGGGCCGUGGAGGCUAGACACGGCUGCAGUUGGCCACGCUUUGACGACGGAGCAGGUGGAGGAGAUCCUGCGCGUGGUUACGGGACACGAACGCUACAUGGGUUACCAACAGGAUCAGGCUCGGGCGAAUGAGGAGGAAAGCUUUCUAAAGCUGGUGGAAGUAUUCCAGCCCGAAGACCAGAGUGUACAUUCGGCGGUGGCUAUUGCCGAGGACAAGUAG